GAAUAAUAAUAACAUCAGCAGCAGCAGCAAUAAUCCUCACCAUUCGCCCGAGGAGUCUCCGAGCUGGCCAUCGGCUGCGGUUGCAAUUUAUUUGUUCGGAAUCGGAAAAAGGGCAUUUGGACAAAGGGCCUUGGGGUGGGGUGGCGUAGGGUGGGGGAGAAGGAGAAAAAGAGGGCAUUUCUUUCACAUUCCUAUGCAGCGGGAGGGGAAGCGGUGGCGGGGGGGAUUUCGCCCCAUAAACACAGCUGAGUUCGCUGCACCGCCUCCAUCCUCCGUUGCUACGGUCUCCUAAAAAGACAAGGAAGACCUAUAUAUUACUAGAUUUUUAAAUAUAGAUAUAUAUAAAUAUAUAAUAUCUCUCUAUAUAUUGAAGGUUGCCUUCUAGAAGGUGAAUCAUGUAAAUCGAUUUUUUGAGAAUAAAAUUAAGGCUCUGUGGGCCCGGGGUGUGGGGGGGAGGGGAGGAAAAUGGGGGAUGCCGCAGACGUCAAGGAAAUGAGAAAGACGUUCAUUGUCCCUGCCAUCAAACCCUUUGAUCAUUACGACUUCAACAGAGCGAAAAUCGCCAGUAAUCUAGCGUGGCUGGUGGCCAAAGCCUUCGGGACAGAAAAUGUACCAGAGGAUCUUCGAGAACCAUUUUAUACGGAUCAGUAUGACCAGGAACAUAUUAAACCUCCUGUUGUUAAAUCGCUGCUAUCUGCUGAAUUCUACUGUCGUGCUGGGAGUCUUAUUCUCAAGAGUGAUGCUGCCAAACCGCUCCUGGGCCAUGAUGCAGUUAUCCAAGCCUUGGCACAAAAAGGCCUCUAUGUCACUGACCAAGAGAAGCUAGUAACGGAGAGAGACUUGCACAAGAAACCCAUUCAGAUGAGUGCUCAUUUGGCAAUGAUUGACACCCUUAUGAUGGCAUAUACGGUUGAAAUGAUCAGUGUUGAAAAGGUGAUUGCAUGUGUGCAGCAGUAUUCUUCCUUCUUCCAAGCUACGGAUCUGCCCUAUGACAUAGAAGAUGCUGUCAUGUUCUGGAUAAAUAAAGUAAACGAACACCUGAAAGACAUCAUGGAGCAGGAGCAAAAGCUAAAAGAGCAUCAUAGUGUGGAAACUCCAGGAGGUCAAAAGGCUCGUUACAGGAAGGAACAAACCCUACUUAAGCAGCUGCCCUGUAUCCCAUUGGUGGAAAAUCUGCUGAAGGAUGGCACAGAUGGCUGUGCUUUAGCUGCCCUGAUCCACUUUUACUGCCCAGAUAUAGUCAGAUUGGAGGAUAUAUGUUUUAAAGAAACCAUGUCACUGGCUGACAGCUUGUAUAAUCUGCAACUGAUACAGGAAUUUUGUCAGGAGUACUUGAACCGAUGUUGCCAUUUUACACUUGAGGAUAUGCUCUACGCUGCUUCUUCAGUGAAGAGCAAUUAUUUGGUGUUCAUGGCAGAGCUCUUCUGGUGGUUUGAAGUAGUGAAACCAUCAUUUGUCCAGCCUCGAGUUGUAGUUCAUCCUCAAGCUGACGUUCCAAAAGAAGCAUCCUCUGUUCCUGCUGCCAAUGCCAAUAGAAGAAACUAUCCAGAAGUUUCAUACGAUUCUGAUCUGAUAGCCAGUGUGGAAUGCCCAGCUUUCCCACCAUCUCAUCAGAUUCCAGCUGCUAGCCAUGCUCACCAACAGCCUUAUACACCUGCUCCAGGCGGCAUUAGACGAUCUACAUCUAUGUCUUAUAUGGAUGGAUACGUAGGGACAUGGCCCAAAGAAAAGAGAUCUUCAGUACAUGGUGUUUCAUUUGACAUUUCUUUUGAUAAAGAGGAUAGCAUCCGUGAGACUCCAAACAGAGGAAUGACUAGAUCUUUCAGCAAUGAAGGCAUUGCGCAAAAUACCAGCCGUAUGCCCAGGCUUGUUAGAAAGAACCUGUCCUUCAAGCCUGUGAAUGGCGAAGAGGAAAGUGAAGAUAUUGAAGAAGAAAAGGAUACGGAAUUUUGCAGUGAUCUAGAGGCCGACAGCAAUCAAAGGAAUGCAAACCAGAUUAGCCCAUACAGCCUGCCCAAUGGAGCGCUACAAAACAGGUUGGUUACCGAUGAAUUUGGCAAUCGGAUUGAGACACCAAGCAUUGAGCAGGCUUUGCAGAUUAUCCACGAUAGUGAGAAAUCUCCCAGCGUUACUCAGCCAGAGCAAAUUACAAAUGGGUUUUUCCUUCACAACAAGGAGAUGAGCAUCCUGAAUUCAAAUAUUAAACCCAACCAGAGUAAUCCCGAUAUUACUACAGAUACAAAAGGUGCUCUCAGUCCCAUGACUGACAAUACAGAAGUAGAUACUGGAAUACAUGUCCCUUCAGACAUUCCAGAGACUAUGGAUGAGGAUUCAACCUUGAGGGACUAUACUGUAAGCCUGGACUCUGAUAUGGAAGAACCAUCUCGAUUCCUUCAAGAAUUUGAUAGCAGAGGCAUCAACCAUAAGGAACAAUUGAGCCCUUGUCCAAGCUCAGUUAGUGCCAAAUCACAAGCAGGCAGUAGCGCGUCCUCAAGUUCAGGUGUUAAAAUGACCAGCUUUGCAGAACAGAAAUUUAAGAAGCUGAAUCAUACAGACAGCAGAAGUAGUGGCAGCAGUUCUCAGAAAACUACACCAGAAGGUUCUGAGCUGAACAUUCCUCACAUGGUUUCUUGGGCUCAAAUACCUGAGGAAUCUCCUCUCCCUCAGGCGAGAGAUACCACACAGUUACUGGCCUCUGAAAUGCUGCAACUGAAAAUGAAGCUGGAAGAGAAGAGACGAGCAAUUGAAGCCCAGAAGAAGAAGGUUGAGGCUGCUUUCACGAAGCAGAGACAAAAAAUGGGAAGGACGGCAUUCCUUAACAUUGUGAAAAAGAAAGGUGAUGGAAUUUCACCACUUAGAGAAGAAGCGGCUGGAGCAGAGGAUGAGAAAGUGUACACUGACAGCAGUAGGCUGAAAGAAAAAGAUGCCCAAAAGCCAUGUGAGCAACUAAACAAGGCCACAGAGGCAAUUAAAGCAAGCACUGAAAAUCCUCACGUGAAAUGGCUGAAGUCCCCAAACACACCGGUAGAUAUAGAAAAGCAAUGCAAUUUGGUGAGCCCCUCAGAAGAAAACUUAAAUGACAGUGACCUUCUGGAAUAUACAAAAUCUAUUGAUAAGCUCAAUUCUUCUCUGCAUUUCCUGCAGCAAGAAAUGCAACGCCUCUCACUUCAGCAAGAGAUGCUAAUGCAGAUGAGGGAGCAACAGGCUUGGGUUAUUUCACCACCUCAGCCUUCUCCUCAGAAGCAGGUUCAGGAGCUGAAGCCUUCAUUAAGGAUUGCGGGUUCACCCUUUCCUGUUGCCCCAUUUUCAGUGGAAUCUCCCCGAUCUUCUCACCAGUCCCCACAGUCAUCCUCUAGGAAGAAUUCCACUCUCCCCAGUAAAAUGCAAAGGACUCCUAGGCCAAAUGAUCUGAAAAUAGCACCUUUGAAUCGCACUUUGACUGCACCGCGAUCUGUGGACAGCCUUCCUCGUUUGAGAAGAUUUUCUCCAAGUCAGGCAUCAAUUCAAACUAGAUCCUUUGUUUGUUUUGGAGAUGAUGGUGAACGUAACCGCUUGAAGUUCAAAAAUACAAUGGGAGAGGCUGACAAAGAAACAGCAAGUGAGAAUGAAGCAGAACAGGCAGAAAAGGAAAGGCCAGAGGAACAACCGGCCAGGCCUCUGGAAUCUACAGUUUCUGAAGUACUUUCGCAGCCCAUUACGGAAACUGUCUGCCUUACCCCAAAUGAAGAGGUGCUGAACACACCAGGAUUCUCAGAACCUGCAUCCAAAACGGUUAACCUCAUAGAAGUUUCCCUCACAAAUUUGAAGCCACCAGAAAAGUCAGAAGAGUCUGUUGAGAAAUCAGAGGGUGAGAGUGACAAGGAACAAUUGGAAGAUGACCAAAAAGUGUGCUGUGGAUUCUUUUUCAAGGAUGAUCAAAAGGCUGAAAACGAAAUGGCAGUGAAGCGGGCAGCAUUGCUGGAGAAGCGAUUGAGAAGGGAAAGAGAAACCUUACUUCGGAAGCAGCAACUAGAAGCCGAGUUGGAAUAUAAGAAAGAAGAAACAAAGAGGAAGUCUGAGGAAGAACGUCAGAAGAAGGAAGAUGAAAGAGCACGUCGAGAGUUUAUUAAGCAAGAAUAUAUAAGGCGGAAGCAGCUGAAACUGAUGGAAGAUAUGGACAUUGUCAUAAAGCCUCGCCUCCACAUGUCCAAACAAAAGAAGCCACGUCCAAAAUCCAUUCACAGAGAUCAUAUUGAGUCACCUAAAACUCCGAUCAAAGGUCCUCCAGUAUCUAGCCUUUCGUUGGCAUCAUUGAACACUGGAGACGACAGUGUGCAAUCGGGCAAGAGAACGCCAAGGUCUGAAUCUGUGGAAGGAUUAAUAUCUCCAAGUCGUUGCGGAAGUCGUAAUGGAGAAAAGGAUUGGGAAAAUGCAUCAACAACCUCUUCUGUGGCUUCUGCUACAGAAUAUACAGGACCAAAGCUGUACAAAGAACCCAGUGCAAAAUCCAACAAACAUAUAAUCCAGAAUGCCUUGGCUCAUUGCUGCUUGGCUGGAAGAGUAAACGAAGGUCAGAAGAAUAAAAUAUUAGAGGAAAUGGAGAAAUCAGAUGCCAACAAUUUCCUUAUCCUUUUCCGGGACUCAGGCUGCCAGUUCCGAUCUUUGUACACGUACUGCCCUGAGACAGAAGAAAUCAGUAAGUUGACUGGAAUAGGCCCAAAGUCCAUCAGUAAGAAAAUGAUUGAGGGGCUUUAUAAGUACAACUCUGACAGGAAGCAGUUCAGCCACAUACCUGCUAAAACGCUCUCUGCCAGUGUCGACGCUAUUACCAUCCACAGCCAUUUGUGGCAGAGCAAGAGACCAGCAACACCGAAAAAACUCUUACCUACAAAAGCAUAGUAACUCGGAGGGGGGUAGGGUACUUUGCCACGUCUGUGGCAAACUUGCACUUCGUAUUUGCUGCCUAUUAGAAAAUAGGUUCUUAUUUGCCAACAAGAUUUCUUUGAACUCGGAUUUGGAGAAAAAAGCUCUGUCAUCAUGCACAACUGGAAUGUAAACACAGUAUUGAAGACUUGCAGAAAACUGACACUUAAGUGAUUAUGCAUUCGUGUGCUCCUGAAAGACUGAGUCAGAGUGGAGAUGGGUAUGUGCUCACAGUUUAUAGGGUUCAUUUCCUCUCGUUUUUAAAACACUGAAUUAUUGAAUGUUUGCAAAUCUGUAGUGACUGAAAUUAAAGUAUAUAUUAAAUUCAUUGCCUUAUACUUUGGUGUGUUAUGCUUGUUUUGGAAUUUGCUUCUGCUCUUUAUAUCUUCACUGGAGAAAUGUUCUGUCUUGAGUUGCCACACCGUUAAAUUUUAAGUGGCCUGCCGGUAACAGAGGGCACAAACCUUUUUGUAAUGAAAUGAGGUUAUCCAUUCUUUUUUUUGACUUUCAUUCAUUUCAAAGGGUUUUGCACCAGAAAAGUUCCUUGGAGAGGAUGUCCAGGAUUAAAUGUUGCUAGCAUGUCUUAACCUCUGGCAAGGAAAUGUGAUGGCUGUCAUUGCUUGUUCCACAAGGAAACUUAUUUUAUAAAGGUAUUGCCAUUAUAUUUAGAAAUCCACCAUUGCCCUGAUCCAGGGAAGCAUGACGGGAGAUCUUUGCAUGCACUAUUGUGUUUUGCAUUUUUCUUCUGAACAGGAGUCCACUUAUAAUUCAGACCAAACUGCUGUUUAACAUUCUGAGAUUUAGCAAAGGGGACGAUACGUGUCUGUUGUGUGACAGGUGACCCAAAUAAAACAACAUCACUAAACAAAUGCAGACAUCUACCAUUGCUUCCUGAGAUUACGGUCUGGAUGGCUAUUUCAAAAUCCUAAGCAAAACAGUAUUAAUUGUCUUAAAAUUAGACACUUUGUAUGAGUCCUUCUGAGAAACUUGAAGAAAAUUAUAUUGAGUAAGCCUGCUCUAUGAAAGCUAUUCUGAUGUGUCACCAGGUUGCCAUCCAGUAUAUGGACCAAAGUAAUUUUUCUUCCAGGACAUCAAUUUAAUUUUGUUUAAUAUAAAUUAUGGUAUUGAUGAUGAUACAUGACAGUCUUGAGUGUAUUGAAACAAAGAAUGGCUGAGAGCCACACAAAUACAGCAAUGUUAAUAUUUACAAAAUAAUCACUGGAGCACCUUUUUCAGUAUUAACCAAGGGCUGCACAUCUGAUUACUUUAGAGAAGGUUUAUUUUCUGUUUGGAGGUUUUCUUGUUGCUUUCUUUUUUCUUAUUGUCAGGAUUCCUAUACAGAUAUAGCAAGGCACUGUUUCAGCAGUUGGAAAAGCUCAAACUUGAAACCUACCCUUAUUUUUGUGAUUGCUUUUUUGACAUUUGUACACCAGAGGACUUAGUUGGGGGUGGGAGGGGAUCUAGGUGGAACCUCAUUCUCAGGAAAUGACUUGAAUUAUUGCUAAACCUAUUCCGUUUCAGUGUUGUGACAAGUGUUGGAACUUCAAGACAGUUUUGAACUACCUGUCUAAAGUGUAUGUUACUUUUUAUUAUGCAUCCUACAAAGGAAAACUUAAAAUUCUGCACACUUCUCCCACUGAACUGCUUGACUCGGAGAGGUAGUACUUCACUGCAGUCUGCUUCUGUUCUUUAUAUAGAUGAUGUAUAGGAAUGAGAAGUCCUUAAAUAAUUUAGAGAACAGCCCUUUUUAAAAUUAUGAAAAAGCCUUAGGCAUCAAUGUGUCUGGGUUCUUUAUCAACAUUUUCUCAGAAAUGCAGUCAAUAUUUACUUUAACUUAUGUUCUUAUAUUUAUGUAUAUUUGUUAAAACUGUAAAAAAAACAACAACACAAAACCCACCUGUUUAAUAGGUAUGUGGCUCUGAUCUAUUUGUGGUUAGCUGAUUCCUACUGUUUGCAUGUAUAUGAACCAGGAUAUCUAACCCAUCUUCUAUUUCAAGUGUAAACAUACUGUGUAUAUAUUAUAUAUAUAUAUAUUAAAAAUAGGAGCUAGAAGGUCUAUGCAUUCUACCAAUGAGGCUUAUCCUCCAACUAAUGGCAUAGGAAAAAUAUAUUGCAUACCCAUGUAAGCAUACAUCUUAAGUUAAAACUUGCUCAAGUUGGGGGCGAGCUGCUAGGACAUGAAUGAGAUAGACCAGGCAUCCCCAAACUGCGGCCCUCCAGAUGUUUUGGCCUACAACUCCCAUGAUCCCUAGCUAACAGGACCAGUGGUCGGGGAAGAUGGGAAUUGUAGUUCAAAACAUCUGGAGGGCCGAAGUUUGGGGGUGCCUGGGAUAGACGAUGGAGGAGAUCACAUGGAAGGAUUUUUAACUAAACUAUUCUUGCUAAAAGAAAAAUAUAAUUUAAUGAUACGUACCACUGACUGAUUCAUGCACACCUAUCUAAACAGGAUAAUUUCUUUUAAAAUGUGGCAACAUAGUGUCAUUUUAAAUUAUUGAAUGUAUUAUGAAUUUUGUCUACCGUUCAGAAAAAAAGAUGUCUGUGCAAUGUUGAAAGGUAGGAUGUGAAUAAUACAAUUAAAAAAUUGAGACUUUCGGGAUUAAAAUGUUACUACAUACAAGGAGAGCUAAGGACAGGGUUUUCUUUUUAUUUUUUCUUUUGAAGCUUGCAAAUUUUCUAAUGACAGUAUGUCUUCAUUUGGGAUCUUGUUUAAGAAAAUAAAGGCCUUUCAUGGAGAAGUCCGGUGUUUAUCAGUGACACUAUCAGUUACACACCGGUGCUUUCAUCGAGGGAGCGGGGUGUUUUUAUUCUUUAUAUGACAGAAUUUGCCAACCAUCUUAAUUACCAGACCAGGUGUUCAAGCUCUGACAGUCAUGGUAGCUACUGAAACCAUUUUUGGAUGACUGUUGGUGUUGUUGUUUUUUAAAGAAAAAAAUUCUUUGGCUGUUUAAAGCCAAAUUCUGUUUAUUUCUAAUUUAAAUGGGCACCGUCCGUUGAGAAAUGUACAGUGUAUCGUGUGCUUACUUGUCCACUUUUGUGGAGCAUUGCUACCCUAUUUUUUCAGAAGCUGUGCUGUAAGAUAUUGUCAUAGUGCUACCUACCUAGUACAGUGUAGUCCUUCCCUUCCAUUUAAAUAAAAAGCAUGGCACCAAAAACAACGUUGCAGUUUCAUCUUUUGGUACGCGUUUUCAGUUUAUCCUCUGAAGCCAUUAAAUGUAUACAUUUAUGGUUGGCAAAAGGUUUUGCCGGCAUGCAGUUUAUGAAGGCAUCUCUGAUCUGAGCAAAUGGACACUUCUGGGAGUGGGCUGGGCCUGUUUGUUUGAGCUGGCACUGGCUUCUCCAUGUCAUGGAUGAUGGAGGUGCCAGCUCAGUAUCCAGCAUACUCUCUGUCAUGUCCCCAGGCAGAGGCUGCUUACUGAGGAGGUGCCUGACCAGAGAUGUCCGAUAUCACGGGGGUAUCACACCUCUCUGACAACCCACUUGAACCUUCCCCAGGAUCCAGCUCCUGACUCUCUUGAGACCCCUCCUCCAGCAGAGACAUUCCUUGAGGUCCCAGUUUCACCUCCCUCAACCCGCUUGGGUCCUCCUAUGGGUUAUUUAGCGCCAACUCCCUGUUUUACUUCCCCACCCCACCUCAUAAUUAGCCUAUUCCCUCUGUGACAUCUCCAUGGGGCUCAUGACAGAAGUCAACCCAGAAGGCAGCAUUUUCGCCAGAGUUAACUCAAAGGUUUUGUUAACUACAACUACAUCCAUUUGA